AUGGAAAAAACUUUAGCAAACAUCAUUGAAAAUAAUAAUAUUAAGAAAAACAUAUUACCGAAGUAUUUUCAAUAUUUUAAUUCAUAUAUAAGUGAUGUAAAAUGUGUUGACAAUAAAACAUUUGAAAUAGAGACAAUAGAGCUAGAAGUUAAUUUUAAAGAAGAAGAGAUCAAUGAAAAUUCGGUACUUAAAACAAACAGAUUUAAUGAAUUACUUACAAGUAUAAGACAAGAAAAAGGAAAUGUUUCUAUUUCUUCAUUAAAAUUUGUUAUAAGGAAGAAUAAUAACGAGGCUUUAAAAUUAUUGAUAAAAGAACUUGUUAUUUCAUGUGAUGACCAACCAAUAAUAUUAUUUAAUGAAUUAGAAAUACAUAUUAAUACAAAUAAUAAUCCAGUAUUUCAGUAUUGUAUAAAAAGUGAAAAGGAAAAGUGUUGUAUUAAAGGAGAUGAAUCAUUAUUUGAUUUAUUAUUUGGUUAUGAACAAAGCCUAUUAAAAAAAGAAAUAAAUAUUAAUGUAGGAAGCAUUGAAUGGAAUGUUCCAUAUGAAGUAAUAAAUGGAGAUGAAAUAUUUGAAGGAAUUAAGGAAAUUAAUACAUUUAAACAGGAGCUCGUAAAGAUACUAACAUUAAAAACACCUGCAAGUUAUUGGUCUUUUCAAAAAACUGAAACUCAAAUCGGUGAAUUACCUCAAAUUCAACUUAUUUGGAAUUGUCAAGAACCAAUUAAAAUGAGCAUUAAUAUUGAUAAUGGUAUUACCAUUCAAAUGUUACUUAAAUUAGAUAAUGAAAGAGAGUAUGGUAUGUGUAUCGACUCAAUACAUAUAUUUAAUAAUAGUCAAGAAUAUAUUGAAAUUCAUUCUAUUGCAGUAACAGAAGAACAAGUUUCAUGUGAUAU